AUGAGGCUGGAGGCCGCCGCCAGGAUGGAUCUGUUCAGGAAGCUGUGGAGGGCGAGGAAGCUGAUCCUGGUGGUGCUCAUCCCGCUGUCCCUGCUCCCGCUGCCGCUCAUCCACCCCACCAGCGAGGCCUGCUGCGCGUACGUGCUGAUGGUGACGGCGGUCUACUGGGUGUCCGAGGCCGUUCCCUUGGGCGCCGCCGCCCUGGUCCCAGCCUUCCUCUACCCGCUGUUCGGGGUCCUGAAGUCCAGCGAGGUGGCAGCUGAGUACUGUAAAGACACCACCCUGCUGCUGAUGGGAGUCAUCUGCCUGGCAGCCUCCAUCGAGAAGUGGAAUCUGCACAAACGCAUCGCUCUGCGCAUGGUGAUGAUCGCAGGGGCCAAGCCCGGCAUGUUGGUGCUGGGCUUCAUGUGCUGCACAGUGUUUCUGUCCAUGUGGCUCAGCAACACGUCCACCACAGCCAUGGUGAUGCCCAUAGCCGAGGCCGUCCUGCAGCAGCUCAUCUGCACCGGUCUGGCCGACAGCCACAACGACUCUGAAACCGUCGACGCCCCCGAGGAUGACGGCGCUGUUUCAGACAAACAAGAGAACCUGAAUAAGAACCAGUUGGAGCUGCUCUACCGCAACGACAGCAGUGACUGCACCAAACGGGAGCUGUCUACACUAACAGAGGUACAUACUGGGGAGGUAAAUGGUUUGGGUAUGAUGCCAGUCUCCAACCAGGACUUCAUCCAACACACCAAUGGACACCUGCCGCAGAUUGCGAUCGAAAUCCCAAACGUGAGGCGGGUGAAGACCAGGAGAGACUCCCAGUAUCCCACCAAGAGGGAUCACAUGAUCUGUAAAUGCCUGUCGCUCAGCAUCACCUACGCCGCGACCAUCGGAGGACUCAUCACCAUCACCGGCACGUCCAGCAACCUCAUCUUUGCCGAGCAGUUUAACAAUCGUUAUCCAGAUGCAAAGUCGAUCAACUUCGGAACAUGGUUCAUAUUCAGCUUCCCCAUCGCCAUCAUCAUGCUGGUCCUCACCUGGCUGUGGUUGCACUUCCUCUUCCUUGGCUGCAACUUCAGAGAAACAUGCUCGCUGAGUAAGAAACGCAAAACCAGGAGAGAGAUGCUGUCGGAGAAGAGGAUCCACGAGGAGUACGCGAAACUUGGACCCAUCAGCUACCCGGAGGUGGUGACCGGUGUUUUCUUCAUCCUGAUGACUCUGCUGUGGUUCACCAGAGAACCAGGUUUCGUGCCUGGCUGGACGUCUCUCUUUGAGAAGAAAGGCUACAGGACCGAUGCCACAGUGUCUGUCCUUCUUGGCUUCCUGCUCUUCCUCAUCCCUGCCAGGCGUCCCUUCUCCUCCUCCUCCUGCUGUAGAAACACAGUGGAUGAUUCAGAGUCGGACCCUCUGGCUCCCAUGAUCACCUGGAAGGACUUUCAGAGACUGAUGCCGUGGGAGAUCGUCAUCCUGGUGGGAGGAGGCUAUGCACUGGCCGCUGGUUGUAAGGUGUCGGGCCUGUCGGUGUGGAUCGGCAGACAGCUGGAGCCCAUGAGUGGCCUUCCUCCCUGGGCCGUCACCCUGCUGGCCUGCCUGCUGGUGUCAGCGGUCACUGAGUUUGCCUCCAACCCGGCAACUCUCACCGUCUUCCUGCCCAUCCUGUCCGCGCUGUCGGAGACUCUGCGCAUCAACCCGCUGCACACUUUGAUCCCGUCCACCAUGUGCGUGUCAUUCGGGGUCAUGCUUCCAGUCGGGAACCCCCCCAACGCCAUCGUCUUCAGUUACGGCCACGUGAAGAUCAGCGACAUGGUGAAAGCAGGCUUCGGGGUGAACCUGAUCGGCGUGGCGGUGGUAAUGUUGGCCAUAUCCACGUGGGGUGCUCCCCUCUUUAACCUGAACGAGUUCCCAGCCUGGGCAGAGGCCAGGAACGUCACCGGGAUCUUAUAA